GGCUGCAUUGUGGGCCGGCCCCUCGCUGCUCAAUAUAUUUGUGAGGAGAAGCCGCUUGAGCAAAGGCGAGAAUGGGAGAUCCUGAGCUAUAGAACUGAAUCCUUCAACUCAACAGCCCUCUGCAUUGCCAGCAUCCUCACCUCCAUCUUCCUGCUGUCCAGCAACUCCAGUCAUGGCAACCUCCGCCAGUGCUCAGUUGAGUAAGGCCAUAAAGCAGAUGUAUCUGGAACUGCCGCAGGGAGAUAAGGUGCAGGCUAUGUACAUCUGGAUUGAUGGGACCGGGGAGGGUCUUCGCUGCAAGACUCGCACUCUGGACAGUGAACCCAAGACCAUAGAAGAUCUGCCCGAAUGGAACUUCGAUGGAUCUAGCACACACCAAUCUGAGGGAUCCAACAGUGACAUGUACCUGAUUCCAGUUGCAAUGUUUAGAGAUCCUUUUCGAAGGGAUCCCAACAAGCUGGUGCUCUGCGAGGUGCUAAAAUACAACCGAAAAACUGCAGAAACAAACUUACGUCAUACAUGUAACCAGAUAAUGGACAUGGUGGGCAAUGAGCAUCCAUGGUUUGGCAUGGAACAGGAAUAUACAUUGCUGGGUAUGGAUGGACACCCUUUUGGCUGGCCAUCAAAUGGCUUCCCAGGACCUCAAGGCCCCUAUUACUGUGGAGUGGGUGCAAAUAAGGCAUAUGGUCGAGAUAUUGUGGAGGCUCAUUAUCGGGCUUGUCUAUAUGCUGGUGUGAAAAUUGCAGGAACUAACGCAGAAGUUAUGCCAGCACAGUGGGAGUUCCAAAUUGGAACAUGUGAAGGAAUAGAUAUGGGAGAUCACCUUUGGAUUGCUCGAUUUAUACUGCAUAGAGUGUGUGAGGAUUUUGGGAUCAUUGUUUCAUUUGACCCAAAGCCCAUCACUGGAAACUGGAAUGGAGCUGGAUGUCAUACCAAUUUCAGCACAAAAUCAAUGCGUGAAGAAGGAGGCCUUAAGCACAUAGAAGAAUCCAUUGAACGUUUAAGCAAACGUCAUGAGUAUCACAUUAGGAUGUAUGAUCCAAGAGGUGGUAAAGACAAUGCCCGUCGUCUCACAGGUUUCCAUGAGACAUCCAGCAUCCAUGAGUUCUCAGCAGGAGUGGCAAACCGUGGUGCAAGUAUCCGCAUUCCACGCCUUGUAGGUCAGGAGAAGAAAGGCUACUUUGAAGAUCGUCGUCCAUCAGCCAACUGUGAUCCUUAUGCCGUGACAGAGGCUGUCAUCAGGACCUGCCUGCUGAAUGAAACUGGAGAUGAACCUCUUGAAUACAAGAACUAAAACUGAACAAAAUAGUCAAUACUGUUCUCUUGCCACAUGCAGAGAAUUCUUAGCCAGUUCUGUUUCUAUUACCAUAUAAAUGUCUAUUCGUGUUUUGACAAGAAAAUUCUGUUUUUGGAUAAUCCCUUAUCAUCUGGAUUUAAUUGUCACUGUUCAUGCAUUUCCUCCUGAUUUCGUAACAAAGUAAUAAGGGAGAACUGCCAGGCAUUUGUAUUUGUGGGUUGCCUUAAAUAAGGUAAUAAAUAAACUAAAUUCAAAAAA